AUGGCUAUGAACGCUGUACAGUCCACCAUUGAAAAGCUCGACCAACUGAAGAGUAAACUUGGUCGGUCUUUGGGGACCCCUAUGCGGCUUCGGGACUUGAUUCGACAGGUCAGGACUGCUCGCACGGCAGCUGAUGAACGAACGGUGGUUCAGAAGGAAUGCGCCAAUAUCCGCGAGACAUUUAGGGAAGAGGACAAUACAUGGAGGUGCCGGAAUAUCGCGAAGCUGUUUUACAUUCAUAUGCUUGGUUAUCCGGCUCAUUUUGGACAGUGCUUGAAAAGAAAGAUCAUUGCAAAGGUCGAGGAAAUUUACAUCACCCCCUUUGGAACAGCGAGCACAAAGGUCAUCCGUGCAACUUUCGCGAAGGCUUGGGAAAAUGUCGGAGGUCAUCUUUGGGUCCAAGAAGUUUUAGUGUUCCAUGGCAUGCAGAAGGGUUAA